UGCGUCACCAGCCGCCGCCCGGCCUCACCACCCCUCGCUCGCACGCACGCACGUUCAUUCUCCGUCCUCGCGCCCCUUUUCCUGCACUUUCCUCGUCUCCCGGCCCGAGGAGCCGCUCUCUCCGCGCGGUGCAUUGUGGGGACCGAGGUCGAGCCCGCCGCCGUCGCCGCCUGAAGGGAGCGGAGAAGAGGCCGCGACCGGGCAGAAAACGCCGGAGUCGCUACCGGAGCGGAGUCCACUCCCCGGCCGCCGCCACAGAGGCCCGCCCACCCGUCCGUCCGUCCGCCCGCCCGUCCCCCUAUCCCGUUCACCAUGCAGCCUGCUUCUGCAAAGUGGUACGAUCGAAGGGACUAUGUCUUCAUUGAAUUUUGUGUUGAAGACAGUAAAGAUGUUAAUGUAAAUUUUGAAAAAUCCAAACUUACUUUCAGUUGUCUUGGAGGAAGUGAUAAUUUUAAACAUUUAAAUGAAAUUGAUCUUUUUCACUGUAUUGAUCCAAAUGAUUCCAAGCAUAAAAGAACGGACAGAUCAAUUUUAUGUUGUUUACGAAAAGGAGAAUCUGGCCAGUCAUGGCCUAGGUUAACAAAAGAAAGAGCAAAGCUUAACUGGCUUAGUGUGGACUUCAAUAAUUGGAAAGACUGGGAAGAUGAUUCAGAUGAAGACAUGUCUAAUUUUGAUCGUUUUUCUGAGAUGAUGGACCACAUGGGUGGUGAUGAGGACGUAGACUUACCAGAAGUAGAUGGAGCAGAUGAUGAUUCACAAGACAGUGAUGAUGAAAAAAUGCCAGACCUGGAAUAAGGAGCAUUAUCACCUGGAUUGUGAGAAAGAAAAAUAACUUCUCUGCAAGAUUUCUUAAAAGAGAAUUCCUGAGUUGAUAGCUCUAAAGGCAGAUGCUGUAUUUGCCACCUUUAACCCAAUUUUCAACCUGUUUGUUUAUUUUAAAGGCUUCACUAAGGGUUGAUAAUGUACCAUUGUAUGGGGCAGUUUUGAGUCUGCUAAGGCAAUAUCCUUAUGCAUGAACAUUUCCCAGACUUCCCAUGAAGCUGUUGAGAACCUAGACAAUUGAUUCAGCAGUUGUGAUAAAUAAAAACUUUUCACUUAAGUCUCCUUUACUUCAUAACAUAGUUACUGACAUGAUAGGAAGCUCUCAGCUUAGGGAAAGAUAAUGAGAUUUAGAUACUAGUACAUGGACUUAAAGUGGCUGAAACAAAUUGGCCGACAACUUAAACUGACAACCCUACCUUCCUCUGUAUCUUUCAGGAUUGUUCCACUAAAGUUUAUUUUUCCAAAAAAAAUGUAUUUCACAUUAUUGUAUGUAACUUGUCAGUGUUCCAGAUGUAUCUUAGCUAAAACUAAAACUAGUGAAUGCCCUAACUUUAGAUGGUUUUUGAAGCCUAUACAUUUGGUAUUAUUUGGCCCUUAAGCUUUUCCAUCUCUUAGCAUGGAGGACGAAGAAAGCUGUACAUUGUUGCUUGAGAGUCUGUACAUUUUAGACCAGAUUUGUAUUUGCACUGUCAGUAUGGCAAAUGAGUGAAAAGAUGUUAAUACACUAUUUGGAUUUUUUUUUAUUUCUUGUUUUGAUUUCAGCUCAUACCCUGGCUGGGGGGGGACUCAAUUUAUGUUCAUGACAGUGGGGAUUUUUUUAAAUGUCUACAUUCUUUCUAAUAAACUGUUGGAAGAUUU